UAUAUACAGCUUUCCCACUUUUCAUCCAGAAAACAAGAGAGAGAUCAAGAGAGACAAGAUAUGGGGAGAGGGAGAGUGGAGUUGAAGAGAAUAGAGAACAAAAUAAACAGGCAAGUUACAUUUUCUAAGAGAAGAAAUGGGCUUCUCAAGAAAGCUUAUGAACUUUCUGUUCUAUGUGAUGCUGAAGUUGCUCUCAUCAUCUUCUCCAGCCGUGGCAAGCUCUUUGAGUUUGCCAGUUCCAGCUGUGGCAUUACCAAAACCCUUGAGCGCUACCAAAAUUGCAGCUUUAAUCCUCAAGAAAUCAGCAGCAGUAGAGAAGCACAGAGCUGGUACAAUGAGGUGCUAACACUCAAGACCAAGUAUGAAUGUCUUCAGAGAACUCAAAGGAACCUGCUGGGAGAAGAUUUGGGGCCACUAAGCGUCAAAGACUUGCAAAAUCUUGAAGUACAACUUGAAAAUACUCUUGCACAAGCUAGGCAAAGGAAGACUCAAAUUAUGAUGGAAGAAAUGGAUGAACUUCGAAGAAAGGAGCGGCAUCUUAACGAUAUGAAUAAGCAGUUAAAGACCAAAGUGUCACUUGAACUAUCAUCGCUAAAUUCUGGAGAAGAACGUGGAAAUGACACCCUGCUCCUCCCCUGGAAUACCUCUAAUAAUCCAUCAAGAGAAAACCAUGCCUUUAAUCUACUACAGCUACCUUCUCAAUCCAACCACACUGACUAUAGACCAGAACUUUUCCUCCAAAUUGGGUAUGAUCACUAUAUGGGAGCAGAAGCUGCAGGACCCUCCGGGACAACGAACAUUGCGACUGAGAGUAGCGUCUACCAUGGAUGGGACCUUUCAUUAUUCUGAACUAUAGCCUACCUUCCUUGCUUGCUCCAUAAAAGUAAAUAUAUACUUUUGAUAGACUAAGCUACUGCCUUAUAUAAGUAUUACACUCCGAUUUACAAAGUUGUCCUAUUAUAGCUUUACAGUUAUUAAGUUUUCAUUUUGGUGGUAAAUAUAAUUUGCCUUUACAUUUGGUCUUGAGAUAAUU